UCAGCCCGACUCAGCUGAGAGAGUAACUACUGCUUCACUUUAUAAUAACUCUGCGGGUUAUAUUUGACUUUAUAUUGGCCUCGGCGUCUUCAAGCGAAGUCCAGGACCCUUCUUGCCUGAAAUAUUGGGAACAUUUUUAUGAGAGAGUGCGAGCUGAAAACCAUGAGUCACCUCAACUAUGGACUUAUUUCAGCCUACAACAGUCUGACAGACAAACAUCUCGCUGGAUACUUCAGCAGCACUCGGAUCAGGAGACACUUGCAGAGAGCAGGACUGAUCACUCGUAGUGGACGUAUUGUUCCCGACAAGGAGUACAGACACAGGCUGAUCCAGAGAGCCCACCAGAGACAUGUUCGAGAAUGCCUGGCCCAGGCCAUUUUCCACAAGGUGCUGGAGAUGGAGCGUGCCCAUCAAAUAGAGAUCAAAAGGAAACUGGAGGAGUUUGCAAGGAGAGAAAGAGUGCAUAAGAUCAAGGUGGAUCGCUCUAAAAGGUAUGAAGAAGACAUCAUCCGCAUCCUGUCUCCACGCCCACCCACAGGUGCCAGGGGCAUCCGAAAACAGCACUCUGGGCCAGAAGGGGAGCACUCUGAAUCCUCAGACUCUCCGGGCUCGUCCCGACCCAACACGGCUCCAGGGAAGAUGCAGAGGCCGGUGCGUCUGAAGCCGAUCCACAGUAACGGCGCCACAGCUUCGCUCAGACGCAGCGCCCCUUACAGACUCCUCGAGCCCUCCAAUAAGAAUGACUGCACCAUGGACAAGGAGUCCCAGAGACGUUUGACCACAAUGGAGGCCUCCCGUGACAUCUCACCCUACUGCCUCCCAGUCAUUAACAACUUUGUUACCCCGGUGCCUCCAGCCACAAAGAGGGUGGUAAAGGUCAUUCCCAGCGGCACGCUCAGAGGCCGCAGACUGCGACCUACCACCGCCACCAGUGGAGCUGACGUCAAUGAGGACCCCCCCAUGCUGAGGAGCUCUGUGCACCAGAGCAGAGUGUGUGUGAAAAUGGUGUACUUUGGUAAAACGGUGCGUCUCUCCAACGACCUGAUCGACGUGAGGGACGAGGUCAAAGUGUUUCAGCAACACUGUGGAGGAGAGAACCUGUGUGUUUACAAAGGCUUGCUCCAUGAGGGAGAUACUUUCCAGUUCAUUUCAAGACGACACAGAGGUUUCCCCUUCAGCUUGACCUUCUUCCUGAAUGGGCUUCAGGUGGAGCGGCUGAGCUCCUGCUGCGAGUUCAAACACAGGAAGGGCUCCAGACUCGGUGGCAGGAACGGACACUUUGGCUUCUCAAGUGUAGAGGGGGCCUCUCCCUGCUACAAGUGCAUCAUAGCAAUGGGUUUGGACAAAAAGCCCACUCCGCCACCAAAAAGGGUCAAAGAGGAUGGAGGAAGAGAGAAGUCAUUCACCAGCCCAAAGGAUGAUCCUGAAUUGGAGACAGAAAUGGCUCGUGAGGGCACUGCGUCCCAUUCAGAGUGGGAAACCAGCCUACCACAGGACAUGGAGACGCAAGUCAAAGAAGAAACAGCAGAUGAGGAGGACAAAGUCAGAAACGAUUACGAAGAAGACUUUGAAGCAGAUGAUGAGGGCCCUGCAGAAGAUGCCGAAGCAAAAGAAAAGAAAUCCCCAUCUCCAUCCGGUGAAACUGAAAGGCAGGUUACAGAGAGAGACGCCUCUGAGACUGAAGACGACGAGAAGGAUGAAGACAUAAAGUCUCAUUCAGGCUCCAGCUCCUCAGGCAGCAACCAGGAGGAGAGUGAUGCUGAAGCCACCAACGACUCCAGAGAGGACAAGAAAGCAGAGCAACCCAAAGAGGUAGAUCAAGAGGAAACUGCUGUUUUUCUUGCAGAUGAAAGAGACGAACCAAAUCCAAAAGAAGUCACUGCCACCGAGGCCGAGUCUCCAGUGCCUAAAGACUCAGACAUACAGAACAGUGCGUGGGAAAGCACAGAGAUAGACAUCUCUGACGCCAGCAUCCCCUCGGGGAACAAUAAUAAACUGAGUGAUGACAUCUCAGGAGACAAAGAGGUUGAGGAAAUGUUAGAUGAGAGGAAACAGGAGGAGGAACAGGUGAGAGCCAAAUCUGUGCAGGAGAAGCUGGCAGAGGCCAUACUGAAGGAGUACCAGUGCAGCUCUGAGCCCGAACUGAGCGACACCAGUACUGAGGAGGAGGAGGAGUCUAUAGAUAAAGGCCACAACAAGGAUGCAGUUCCAGAGAAAUCAUUGACUUUUACAGAGGAGCAGACCCCCGUAGAAGAGACGAAAUGUGAGGAAGGUGUUGUGGAAGGUGAAGUGGUACAGGAGCACGAAACUGAACAAGAGCCCUGCGAGAACAGUGACGGUACUAAAGAUGAGAUGGUCAAAAUAGAUGAGGAAGAUGAAAAGUCUGCAUCAGAAGAAAAUAUAAACACAGCAGAGAACGAUAAAUCCGAGGACACAGACGAUACGGGUCUGCAUCCUGUACGUGAAGAGGAAAUGGCUGAGGAUGGCACAACUUCAGAGCCUCACGAAGAUACAGCAGCUGAAUCCACUGAUGCUGAGGCUGCAGAGAGAGGCGAGGAAAAUGAGGAGAAAACUGCAGUGGAGGCCGACGCGCAGCCGGACAAGACAGGGCAAGGGGCAAAAAGCAGCGAGGAGGAUGAGUCAUCAGUAUCAGAGCCGAAUAAAGAGACUGAUGAGACAGCAGUGCCCGAUAAUGCAGAGGCGGAGGCGAUGACAGCGAGCGAGACAAUGGAGAUGAAAGCAGAACCCUCAGAGGAGGGAGAGGCCCUCAACUGUGAAGAGGCACCUGUAGCCGACACAGAGAAGAGGCAGCAGGGACACAGCGAGGACAGAGCGGCAGCAUCAGAAACAGAAGUCUCAGCAGAGACUUCAAGCAGCUCGUUGGAGGGGAGCGCAGACACCACAGUUGAAAAAACAGCAGAUACAAGUGAGGACAGUGCAAAAGAUGAGAGCAGUAAAGAUGAUAUUAAAGAAGAGGAAGCAGAGGAAGUGUCAGCAGUAGAGGCUAGUAAGGAUGACAAUCAAGAAGAAAGGUGUGAUGUGGGGGAAGAGCAGACAGAAAGAUCUGUGGAAACAUAUGAUAGGUUAGAAGAGAAAUCUGAAGAGGAAGGUAAGGAGGAAGAAAAUCAAACAAAUGCAGAUGAGCUAACAGAAGGUGACAAUUAUGAGGAAAGAGAGUGGGAUGAUAAGGACAAGACAGAAGAAGAGAAUAAUGAGAAUAAAACAGAAGGAGGAAUAGAAAACCUGGAAAACAUUUUAGAGUGGACUAAAACUGACUCGAACACUGAAGCAAAUGUAAAUGAAGAACAAGCUGAGAAACCCCGCAGCAAGGAAGAUGAAGACAAGGCAGAUGAAUCAGAAAAGGCAGAGAAAGAUCAAGAUGGUGAACGUGUCCAGGAUGAAUGUGACAAGGAAGAAUCUGAAGAAAAGGGUGCCACAAGUGAUGAAACUAAUGAGGGUGAAAAGACAAAUGAGACAAACACAGCUGCUGAUGAAGAAAGGGAUGUUGAUGCAGACAAGGAAGAGAAAGAUCAGAAUGAGAACGAAGCUGAGCAAAGUGAAGCUGUGAAGAAUAAAGACGACGAAGAAUCUAAAGAGAAAAAUGUAAAUGUAGAGGCAGAACAAUUAUCUGAGAUUGUUGAAGAACCUGAGGAAAGUGCAGAUGCAGACUUGGACAAAGAUAACGUGAAUAUAUGUGAUGCCAAUAAUGUUGUGACAGAGGAUGUCGGUGAUAGUGAAGCAGCAAAUUUAGCACAUCGGACUAAAAUGACUGAAGAGACACUAAACAACACGAUGGAGGCUAACGAUGUUAAUAAAGAGACUGAAAGACGAAGUGAUAACAUUGAUGCUGAAAAUGGAGAGAUUUCUACCAGAGCAAAUAGUGAAACUCAUGAGGAUGAGGACGAGGCCCAAACUGAGGGCAAAUGUGACGUGAAAACAGCAGAGAAUACCGAAGAUGAGAGAGAAACUGAGGAACCUUUGGAAGACGAGAGCACAGAGGUAAAAGAAGUAACUGCGGAGUCUGGAGAGGGCGGUGAAAAACAUGAAGACGCCAAGUUUGAACAGGCUCUUGAUACUGAUAUGGCAGAAAGUGAAGCUCAGGAAGGGGAUGACUAUGUGGAAAAGCAAGACGAAUCUGCUAAACCCGGCUCGCAGCCAGACACAUCUGGUACGGAAAUUAAAGAGGAAUCUAAAUCAGAUGACGGAAAGGAUGGUGAGGAGACAAAACAAAAAGAAAGCGGUGACAUAUCUGACCCUGAUCAUGAAAACAGGGAUUCAGAUGGGACCAAAAAGAACGAUAACUCCCAGAUAAAUGUCAGCGAGGUCAUAGUUGCUUCCUCAGGUGAUCAGGCGCAAUCUUCAACACCCAAAGCUGUGGAUUUUGACAUCACAGGUCACGAGUUAGAUGAGUCCACCUCACCGUCUGACUGUAAGGCUGACGAACACCCACACGCUGAUGAAAGUGCCGCUGCCGCUGACCUCUCUGCCACAGACGGAGAUAACGGAGCAGACAUGGAGGAUGCGAGCAAGGCCUCGGAGGAAGGAGCGAGUGUGCUGCUCAAACCUCAAGAACAGUCGGCACAGCUGACGCAAAACAACGAGGCUGAUAACACAGAAGAGAGCGCUCCAGUUGGUGAAGAAACUCCAGAGGCCUCAGCAAGAGAAGACAACACAGAUCUGGUCACAGACUGGGUUACCACGCAUCAAACAUCAAAGUUCUUUGAGACGUUUGUUGAACCUUUAGAAGACUUGAAGGAAUCGCCUUCGGACAUGCAAGAGCACGCGCCAAAAGAUGUAAAUGAGUCAGGGGACAAAGCCGAAGAGGAAGCUGGAGAGUCAGACCACUCUGAAGAUGGCGAACCAUGUGAGGAUGACGCCGCCACAGACACACAGCAAGUGGAGGAGGGGACUGCGGUGACAGACUUCUUACAAAAAACGGAGAGUGAACAAAAUGACGUGAACGGGCAAGACGUGCGGUCAGUAGAGCACAAACGAAGCAGGGGAUCUCUGGAAGAAGACACAGUUCAAGAGGGUUUAAUGGAGGAUAACGCUGAGCAAACUGAUAUUUUCAAAACUGAGGUGGAAAGCAUGGCAGGUACUCAUCAUUCAGUAACCAGUGGCAGGCCUGAGAGCGUCUCCGAGAACCAAACUGAGGAGAAAAGAACUGAUGAUGGUCCAGACUUGAAUGAAAAACCUGCAGCAAUUGAAGAGUUAAUAGAUCUUCUUUCAUCUAAAACAGAGAAGCAUCGUGAGCAUUCGUCGAGCCCAGAAGAGCUCUCCGAACCGAAAGCAAAUGAACUGAGAGAUACAGAAGAAGAAGCAUGGGAACAAAGUCGACAAGUUACAGAAAUAGCUGAUUUUACAGCAUCCAAGUCAGAAGAUGGAAGCCAGGAGGAGGCCCGUCACGAAGAGAUCCAACCCACGGCGUCAGACACGAGCAUCAGCGGAGACAGAAGAGACGUGCAGCUCAUCCAAGACAUCGCACACACUCUCAGUAAAGAUCGGCUGAGCACUUUCUCAGUGGAUGAAACAUUGUUUGGUCAAAGUUCAUAUCCUCUGCUGACUGCCGUGAGGACAGAGAGUGGACAUUAGAGAUUCACACGUCAGAGCGGCACUAAGGUGCACUGAAGCUUUACUUACUUUACAAGAUAACAUACAAAAGCAGUUCAAUUGUAAAAGUGAGUAUUUAUAAAGCGAUUAGACAAUCAGAUGGCUAGAUCAGGAAACGUAAUUUGAUUUCAGUUUUGACAGAGUCCGUCAAGUGUCCUAUGGCUUCUAUGUUUACAUUACAAUGACUUGUUAUAUAGUCUUCAUCCCUCAGUCACCAAGAAGAAGAAGCUGCAUAAUGAGUUUUGACGGCUGCAGGAAAUGUUUACAAUAGCCCAUCUCUUCCUAUUGUUGUGGUAACAAAGAGGCAAAGUUUGCGUGAGGUAUCAAGCACAGCUGCUAUCACCUAUUACCUGUAAACAGAUACUCUUCCACUCACACUCACAAGUGAGUGAAUAAUUCAUAGUUGUUGGACUCCCACAUCUUAUUUGGUACACUUUACAUUUCCACAGACCUGGCACAAGCACUUCACUACAGGAAUGUUAACCAAAGCUAACAUGGAUGAUUCAUUUAUCAUUAGGCUGCUAAUUAGGUAAUUAAAACUGUUAACAUUUUGAAAUGUCAAACCUACGCACUGAUUUGUGUCAUUACUGCUGCUAACACUACCUCUUAUUCAAAAACAUACUUAGAGACUUACUGUAUAUUUAUUUGGAUUGCCUAUUCACCCGAUUUGUAUGGCAAGUGUGGGUUUGUGAGGCUUCAUCUUUUCAUUUGAGAUCUGUCAAUGACUGAACCCUAGUGUGA